GUGUCUGUCUUGACAUGCCUGCGGCGGGGGCAGAGAUGUGACGAGACAAGAUGAGAUGUGCAGACGGCUGAGCACCCAACACUGACCAUGGCUGACCAGACCCCCGGCCCCUCCUCGGCGAUUGGUGGGGACACACCCGAAGCUACUCCGAGAAGCCGAGGUUUCGCAACGAUACUAGACAUCGAAACGGGUCGAAAGUACACCCCUGUAUCUAAACGAUACAGGGCGCUACUCCGAACUGGUAGGAAAAGAGCAAACGCGGACGACACACCUGAAUCAUCCAACAAACGGAUCUGUCGGGUUUCAAAUGCUGCAAAUGCGCAUGAACACAGCAAUUUGGUCUCGUUGGUUGGGGUUGACAAUGAAUAUGUAAUCGUUGAUCAAAUAGCUUCGUUGUUGGAUGGGGUUAAUUUUGAUGAAGAUUUUGAUGAAGACAUCAAUCAGACAGGAAAUGGUGACUCAGACAUAGGCAUAAAUGAUAAUGAUAAUAAUGGUGACAUAAAUCAGUCAGACAAUGUUAGCCAAGAUGAUGAUGAUGAUGGUGACACCUUUGAUCAAAUAGCUUCGUUGUUGGACGGGGUUAAUUUUGAUGAAGACAUCAGUCAGACAGAAAAUGCUAACCCAGACAUAGGCAAAGAUGAUGAGGAUAAUAAUGGUGACAUAAAUCAGUCAGACAAUGUUAGCCAAGAUGAUGAUGAUGAAGAAAACAGAGAACUGUUUGUUGUUAAAUCUAUCAAAGAAGAAUUUAGCAAAAAGUUUCAGUCGUACCAGAGGACCAUGAAAGCCUCUAUCAAAGAAAAGAACAUUCGAAACAUCGAAAACAUCAUUGACGCUCUACAUGGUGUAUUUGAGACCAUGAUAGCUCGAGCCAGAGAAGGGGUAAAUGCCAACGGCAUUAUGCGAAUGAUUGUCCAUUCUGGGCACCUUGACCGACCCAUUUCAACCCCAUUUGUUCACAGAGACGAGUUAACGGCUGAGCUUAUAUUGUCUCAUAUAGAGAGAAUACUUCAAAGCCAUGAAGAUUUUAUCAUUGAUGAAACAUUUUUAGUUGAAAUCAUUUCUCUAAAUCUACCAGAAAAAGGAUCGGGAAGAAAUCCCUUUUUCAAUUCUGCUACAGAAUUCAGCAAAAAUAAACAUUCUGUCAUCUCCAUUAAAAAUGACGACGAAUUGUGUUGUGGACGCGCCUUAGUCGUGGCUAAAGCCAAGAUAGACAAACACCCUCAAUACGAAAGUAUCCGAAAAGGUAGAAAGAUACAGGAGGUCCUUGCCCGUAAAUUAUAUACCGAUGCAGGCGUUAAUCUAGGUCCAUGUGGUUUGGAUGAAAUUCGGAUGUUUCAGAAUCAUUUGACUGAUUAUCAGAUUAUUGUUGUGUCACGCAACCAGCUCAACCAGAUAAUUUUUCAGGGACCGUCUGUACAAGAUGAAGGCAAGAAACUGAUGCUUUACCACAUAAAAGAAUCAGAUGAACCACUUGCUCACUAUGACGUGAUAACAAGUAUGAAGGCGUUUUUGGGAUCAGCGUACUAUUGCUCUAAAUGUCACAAAGGCUACAAUACAAGAAAGGAUCACAAAUGUGAAAACAUAUGUAACAUUUGUGAACAGAAGGAUUGCAUACCAUCUCUUGGAACUAAAUGGGUGUACUGUAAGUUUUGUAAUCGUUAUUUUCGGUCAGAACAGUGCUUCCAAAAUCACAAAAUUCCCAACAAAAAUGGCGUGAGUGUUUGUCAACGAAAGAUGAAAUGUGAAACAUGUACCAAAUUGCAUUGCAGGGUUGACGAUCAUACGUGUUGGGCACGACAUUGUAAAUUCUGUGAUAAAGAAGUAGCCAUGGAUCAUCUUUGCUUUAUACAGCCACUUGGAAAGAAAAAGAAAAAGAAGAAGAAAAACAAAAACAAAAACAGAAACAAAAACCAGCUAGCAGACGACAGUAGUGAUGACAGUAGUGGUGGUGAUAUCACAGAUUCAGAGACAGAAGAUAACCCAAGGACUAAAGUGGUCCAAGUCGUUGAACCAGAGUUUGAAGUGACUGAAAUAACUCUAGAUGACCUAGACCGUUAUGCAAAAAAUCAAAAGAAGAAUAAAAAAAGGGUACAUGAAGAAGACGAAGAGGUAGAACAAGUAGAUGCUUUAGCGCCUUCUACCCUUUAUUUCUUUGACUUUGAAACAACACAGGUAUCGGGUGAACAUGUACCGAUACUUUGUGUUGUGCAAAAAGCUAAGUCAAAUUCUGCUGUGUACUUCAAAGGAGCAGACACUACAAAGGCUUUUUGUAGGUGGUUGUUGCGAGAUGAAAUGAAACGUUCUACAUUCAUGGCACACAAUUUGAAAGGUUUUGACGGCCAUUUCAUUCUGAAAUAUUUGUUGGAUAACGCAAUGACUCCACAUGUUAUCUACUGUGGUGGAAAGCUUAUGUCUAUGGAAAUUCCUAAAUUGAAGAUUAAAUUCGUUGACAGCUGCAACUUCUUGCCAAUGCCGUUGUCGAAAUUUCCCAAAACUUUUGACUUUGAGGACAUGACUAAGGGGUGGUUUCCGCAUUACUUUUCAUCACUGGAAAAUAUGUCGUAUGAGGGGCCAUUACCUGAUAUCAAAAACUAUGCCGUGGAAACCAUGUCUACCGAAAGCAGGCAAAAGUGUAUUUCGUGGGUAACGAGCAAAAGGCAGGAGGGCUAUGUUUUCAACUUUGAAAAGGAUUUGAUCGACUAUUGUGUCACUGAUGUACGUAUUCUGGAAGAAGGCUUUACAUCAUUCCAGGAAAAAUUCAUAGAAGUGAGUAAAGGGAUCGAUCCUGUAGACAAGUGUAUAACAAUAGCGUCUGCCUGCAAUUUGCUCUACAGAACCCUUUUCUUAAAGCCAAAUCAGAUAGGUAUAGUCCCAACUCAUGGCUAUCGUUUCCGAGAGCAACAAAGCCGUGACGCUGUAGAGUGGCUGAACUAUGUAGCACAUAGUAAAAAUAAGACCAUUCAUCAUGCUAAGAACAGUUCAAAAGAAGCUGUAGUAUGCGGGUUCAGGGUAGAUGGGUUUGAGAAGGGGUCCCCUGGAACUGUGUACGAGUACCAUGGGUGUUUCUGGCAUGGUUGCCCAAAAUGUUACAACCCAGAUGAUGUCAAUCCCGUCAACGAGACCAAAAUGUGGGAGUUGUAUGCCCAAACGAAACGUAAGGGUGAACUCAUAAGACAAAAGUUCAACUAUGUGGAGAUGUGGGAACACGACUUCAUCAAGGUGAAGACAACCGAUGACUACAUCGCCUACCUACAAAAUCAGCCCGCCAACCACUCGACAGUCACAGCAAGUGAGAAAGCCGGUGUGUCUUUCUUGAACCCCCGUGACGCCUUCUUCGGUGGGAGGACAAAUGCUGUCAGACUGUAUGCGAAAGCAGACCUGAAGGCCGGCGUGACUAUCAAAUAUGUUGACGUUAUAAGUUUGUACCCCUUUGUGAACAAGUACUGCGAGUACCCCCUCGGACAUCCUGAUGUGAUCGUCAGCGGAUUUGCCAGCAUCGACACCUACUUCGGCGUUGCAAAGUGCAAGGUGCUGCCACCACGAGGCCUCUACCACCCGGUGUUGCCGUAUAGGGUAGGAGAGAAGUUGAUGUUUCCUCUGUGUCAUACUUGUGCAAUGAAUGAGCAGAGAGAAUGUAACCACACCGACGAGGAACGAUCCCUCCUCGGAACAUGGGUAACCUUAGAACUGACUGUAGCUAUGGAGAUGGGGUAUAGGGUCGUUGAGAUAUACGAAGUCCACCACUUUCCAAAUAAGUCAGAUACGUUGUUCAGAGAGUACAUUGACAAAUUUCUUAAGAUCAAGCAGGAAUCCAGUGGUUGGCCUGAAUGGGUCACCAGUGCGCCUGCAGAAGAGAAGUUAGAGAAAGAGAACGAGUACUUAAGGAAGUACGAAGAGAAUGAGGGCAUUCGGCUUGACAGAGAUGACAUUAAGAAGAAUCAGGGUAGGCGUUCAUUGGCUAAGCUCUGUCUGAACUCGUUCUGGGGCAAGUUUGGCCAGAGAGAUAACUUUUCCAAAACAGAGUAUGUGACAUCGCCUGCCAGGCUGUAUGAGCUUGCAGGGUCAAAGACUAUAGAUCUGAAGUCUUUGCACGUUGUUAAUGAUGAAAUAGCAGAAGUGCAGUAUGCCCAUCAGAAGGAUUUCAUUCCUGAGCCGCCAAACACGAAUGUCUACAUUGCCGCAUUCACAACUGCCCACGCUCGCCUCAAACUGUACGGUCUAUUGAAGAAGUUGGGAGAGUCGGUUUUGUACUUUGACACCGAUAGCAUUAUAUAUCUCUGUGACGGUAAGAACACACUACCGGUUGGAGAUUAUCUUGGUGAUUUAACUGAUGAACUUGAGGACAACGGUGGGCACAUCGUUGAGUUUUGCAGCGCUGGUCCCAAAAACUAUGCAUAUGUAGCCGCAGACGGUACAUCAGUGUGUAAAGUCAAAGGGUUCACUCUGAAUUAUCAAAAUCAGCAGUUGAUCAACUUUGAUGUAAUGAAGGACAUGAUCAUGGGUGUAGGACCUGAUAAAGUCGAUGUUGUAACCGAACGUAAGAUAACGAGGGACAAGAAAGAAAAGAAAGUUCUAAACAAAAGGGAGGUGAAAAGGUACAGGAUGGUCUAUAAUAAACGUGUGCUUCAAGAUGACUUUAACACCCUUCCUUAUGGUUACUAGACAAAAUUGUCUUCUAAUGAAAGCCCUUCGUCCUGCUAUCAUUGUUGUUUUAGGUACAUGUAUUGAAGGUAAAGAUGUGUACAGAUACACCACACCGUUCUGAUUGUGUAAUUGAUUGGAUGUUAUCAAGACAAAUAUGUAUAUAUUGUACAUAUCAUUGUGUCAAAGUGCUAAGUUGAUGUUGCUAAUACGGGCAUGUAACAACAUGUUGUCUGAAGAAUGAAUAAAUUGUGGUGGUGAUGAGGUUUC